CUCCAGCCUUCGACCAAUACCAGUACGAACUAGCAUGCCAUCUCAAUCAACUCUAAGUCCCGAAGACAAAACCAAGGUCAAGUCGGCGAUUCCUGUCUCUCCUACAACAAACAAAAUAUUCUCUGCUUCUCUCGCUCGAAUCUAUUACGCACAUCCGAAACCCGAUGAGUGGUCAUACGCUGGGCUACAGGGGGCCCUGGCAUUCGUCAGGGAUAACAAGAAUGGAUGCUGCGCCUUCAAACUGGUCGAUUUGAGUGGUACAAGAGGUGUUAUAUGGGAACAUGAACUAUACAAAGACAUGGAAUAUAACGCAGAUAGGGCAUAUUUUCACUCGUUUGCUGGGGAUGAAUGUAUGAUCGGCUUUGUGUUUGCUGAUGAAGGGGAAGCUAAAGCAUUUUGGAAGAAGGUCCUUGCAAAGAAAGACGCGAAAGCGGGGAAGACUACGGAGAAAAAGAAGAAGAAAACUGCAAGCAAAGGUGGAAAAAUUGACAAAUCGAUGAUCUCUGGACCCACUACUGGAUCCUUUAUCCAUGUCGCACACAUGGGCUAUGACGCCGAAUCAGGCUUCACAUCCAAAGGUGUCGAUCCUUCAUGGACCGCAUUACUCGGUCAACUGGAGAACUCCGGAAUAGACAAGGAACUUAUUGCGCAAGAGAUGGACUUCAUUAAAGACUUCGUGCGGACGCAACAGUCAGCCCCACCAGUCAAAGAAAAGAAAGUUAAACCACCCCCACCACCGUCCAGAAAGACGCAUAAUAUGAGCAAUAGUAUCUCAUCUUCAACUCCUGCUUCGCCUCCACCACCGCCAUCCCGCAAUUCACGUCCACCCCAACCGCCACCACAACCACCACAACCACCGUCACGAACAGUCCCUUCGACUCCUCCCCCUCCCGAGAUUCCGUCCCGUCCACCAGCCAAAGCAAUCCCAAUCCCUCCUCCGCCACCUUCACGACCUGGCAAUGCUCCCCCUCCCAGGCCCGAAACAUCUACACCUGUUCCGCCCCCGCCCCCUCCAUCUCAGUCAGGAGCGGCCCCCCCUCCACCUCCACCACCUCCACCACCACCACCACCGCUACAUUCUCCAGCCUCUGGGGAUGGGAUUCCACCACCACCACCACCACCAGCCCCUCCUGGAUCCACCGGAGGUCAUUCUACGAGUUUGCCAGCGCCGCAGGCUGGCAGGACUGAUCUCCUUGCCUCUAUUCAAGGAAAGGGGAUCCAUUCUCUCAAGAAAACAGAUCCCAGCAGUCCAUCGCCUGGCGGUAAUGGUACCGGCACUGUUGCUGCCGCCGCUGCCGUUGGAGGUGCAGCCGUUGGAGCAGGAGCAGCGGCCGGAGGGAGUGAUUUGGCGAGUGCACUCGCAGAUGCGUUGCUCGCAAGAAAUAAGAAUAUGGGAGACGAUAGCGAUGACGAUGAUGAUGACGACGAUUGGGAUUGAGAUUUGUUCGCCCCUACCUCCUCUCACUUCCCGGUUUUCAUUCUAGAUUAUACCUAUUCUAGCGGAAUCCAUCGUGCGGCCACUGGGUCCAUAUAUAUAUCUAUAUAUAUAUCUACAAUCAUUACGCGCUUGACACAGCGGGCAGAUACCUUACCUGCACUGGGUGAAGAAUAGCGUAACGCAGGUGUUUUAUGUCGUUAACAUUUUGACAAAUUUCAUUAUAAUUUUAACGUAAUCUCCA